UUUAUCAAAGUUCUUCGUAUGUCUUUAUUAUCAUCAUAUUUUUAUUCAUUAGCUCUUCAAUACUCUUCAAUUGGGAGCCCAUCUUCAUCACAAUCAUGAGUGGGGCUUCGUUGGCCUUAGAGAUGCUCGUAUGCUUCGGCGUAACGCUUUGUCUUCUUCAUUAUUACGGCAAUUGGCGCAAGCAGCAUUUCUUGGUGACAUUAGCUGUAUUUGUAGCUUGGUAUUUUUCUUUUCUUAUUGUAGAAGUUCUUCCUUUAGACGUAUCAGAUACCUUUUACAGAAGAUGUCUAAAGAAACACGGAAAUCUAGCUAUUAAUACUUCCAGCUAUGUCUUAUUUUCGAAUUCGUCUUUGAAUUUCACGACAACUGCCCGUCCUACAAGUGCAAAGGUGGUUCCAGCUGACCCAAUAUGUCAACCUCCUUGGAGUCACCUUCCAGAUAAUGUUUUGCCUGAUUUAUGGAGGGUGGUCUACUGGUCUUCGCAGAUCCUAUCAUGGAUCAUCUUACCAAUAAUGCAGUCAUAUUCCUAUGCUGGUGACUUUACAGUCAGAGGAAAGAUUAAAACAGCAUUAUUUGAGAAUGCUAUUUGGUACGGCAGCUAUAUUGUCAUCUUCCUAAUACUCCUUGUUUAUGUCAUCGCAAGGCCAGACCUGCAACUUGAUGGGACCAAGCUUGUCAUUAUCUGUAUAACAGCUUCCAACACGUGGGGUCUUCUUCUCCUGGUCAUGCUAAUGGGCUAUGGCCUGGUAGAGAUCCCACGUAAUGUAUGGAACUCUGCUAAACUGGAAUACAAACUAGCACAUGCAUAUUUUAAAGUCUCUAAGCUGAGUGUUGAAAGAGAGGAAGCAGAGGAACAGCUGGCUGAUGUUUUAGAGGAAGUGCGCAAGGCAUCUGAGAACAUUCGUUAUAAAGAUCCUUUAAGGGAGUGUAUAGACAUCAUCAUUAAAAAGUGUCCAGAGUCCUCAGAAUCACUGUUCAGCAAAGGAACAGAUGAUUAUGUUGAUUAUGAUGAUUAUCUCAAAGAAUCAGGCCAAAAGAUUGUCAAUACAUACUCAGAAAAGGCCUUGGUAAAACUACACAGGAGAGUCAUCGUAGUAACACAAACAGCUAGAAGAACACAAUGCCAGUACAAUGCUGAGUUAGAUCAAGCAUUUGAACAUGAAGACGUCAUGAAAAAUUCUAGCAAUACUGACAGAACUUUCAAGUCCUCUUUUAAGAAACCUUCAAACUAUUGUUGUAGUAUAGGACCAGUAUUUGAAUGGUAUUGGAAGAUCUGGAUAUCUCCCAUCUUACUCCGUAUCCUAGCCAUAAUCUUGUGUUUAUUAUCCUUGGCUCUUGUAUGGUCAGAAGUUACCUUCUUCAACACCAAACCAAUACUGUCACUCUGUGCUAUAUUCAUCAAUGCCGUAGGCGCUGGCUACUUUUACUUUUAUGUAGAGUUGGUUUCUUUCUUCAUCAUUGCAUACAUGUGUGUGUGCUCUUAUUACACAGUCUUCAGGAUGAGAAUCUUCAACUACUAUUAUUUUGCUCCCAAUCAUCACACUGAUCCAUAUAGCCUUCUAUUUAGUGGCCUUAUUUUGUGUCGACUGACCUAUGCAUUGUCCUUGAACUUCCUUGCAAUGCUUCAUCUGGAUGGCCAUGUUACAGGUGCUAAUGACAAAGAGGAGUCCUCAUUCACAACUUUUAUGGGUCACAUGGAUGUUCUGUCGUUCAUCUCUAAGGGUGUCAACCUAUACUAUCCAAUGUGUGUGCUCCUCGUUUGCUUAGCAACGUACUUUAGCCUUGGGACCCGGUGUUUAAACAUCUUGGGCUUCCAGACAUUUAUCAUAGAAGAUGAUAUGUCGACGGAAUAUGUUAAUGAAGGCAAAGAUAUUGUUAGGAGAGAAAGAAGAAGAAAGGAAAACCUCAAUGGUGAUGGUAGAAAGGAAACUUGGACUGAAAGGGCAGAGUCAGCUAAGCGACGACUGCAUGACAGACACACAGAUAGAGACAGAGAAUUACAUCGUGGGAUCAGCAGAGAUCAAGCUACAUCACAGACUAACUUGACAGGUGAUGAUGUUAAGGUUGUUAAAUAUUCAAGAUUUGAUCAAGAAAAUGAUAGGAUUGAGUUACUGUCUGCUGCAGACUAUGAUCCUGAUGCUUCUACCAGUGGGUACAAUAGGGAUUCAUAUAAAAGAGAUUCAUACAAUAGAGAGUCUUCUUCUGGAUUUGGCUGGUCACCAAAAAAAGUACCUAAGAACUUAUUUGAUGAUAUUUAAAGCUCAAAGCUACAACUCUGUAAGUUAGGUGAAUGCUGCUAAAGUGAGCUGCCACACUUCCAAGAAUGGGUGAUAAAUUUUGAAGGAAAAAUCGUGAAGGCAUUGAAUUUGAAACUGGUUGCAAGAUAAGAUAUUUGGAUAGAUAAAUACAAACUUUAAGAUAAUGUUAAUAAAGCAUUGGGGUGUUCUGUAUAAAAUUUUUGUAGAAACAUGAACAGCAAAGCUUAGUGACAAAUAAUAUAAAGGAGGGCUGAGUGACAAUUUACUCAAUAUAAAUGACUGCUAUAGACCAUUUAGUAUCCUGUGCAGCUGCUAUUCCAUGACAACACUAAUAGAGGCUGCAUUUUAGACCUCUUUGUCAUGGGUGAAGUUUCCCAUUUCAUUCUCUUGAGAAUAAAAUCUUUGUUUGAGA